CUUAUCCACUAUCUCAGGUGGUCCAUUUUUCACGUUUGCAGCGCCACUUCGUCGAACGUUUCUGCUCGUAUGCUCUAUACUUGAACUCAAGACCAUGGGCAAGAGAAAAAGAACAACGGAUGAGAUCUGUGAGCCGCAAAAUGCCUUGUUGCCGCAGAAAAAACACUACAGGCAGCGAGCGCACGCAAACCCCUUUUCGGAUCACUCGCUGGAAUACCCUGCAGCGCCCUCGACUCUGAACUGGGAUGUGUACUUUCCGGCGUUUUCUAGCUCAGGAAAGACGCCCGAGUUUGCUGAUAUAGGCUGUGGCUUCGGUGGUCUACUCAUUUCCCUCGCUACGUUGUACCCGGAGACAUUGAUGCUUGGUAUGGAAAUACGUGUUCAAGUAACGCAGUACGUUGAAGAUCGAAUCGCUGCCCUUCGUGCCACAUCGUCUGGUGCAAACUAUCAGAAUGUCUCCGUUGUACGAGCAAACGCUAUGAAAUUCCUUCCAAAUUUUUUCCCAAAGCACUCCCUAUCUGCACUAUUCUUCCUCUUCCCGGACCCUCAUUUUAAACUUCGUAAGCAUAAGGCUCGAAUCAUCUCUCCAACAUUACUUGCAGAGUACGCGCAUGUCCUUCGUCCCGGAGGAAUCGUCUACACCAUCACCGAUGUACGCGACCUUCACGAAUGGAUGAAAGCGCAUCUGGAGGCUUUCCCCCUAUUCGAAAGCGUUGACGAGGAAACCCUACGGCAAGAAGGGCGCGGUCCCAUCAUUGAUGCUGUAUACACCAGCACCGAGGAGGGCAAAAAAGUCGAACGAAAUGCUGGCGAAAAAUGGCUCGCUUGUUUUCGAAGAGUAGAGGCUCGACGGAACGUGGAUGCUUAAGACCACAAUACUUGUCACUCUUGUAGGUUACAUAUCAAAUCAAGCAUUGUCGUUUUUAGGAGGUUCCCUAUGUGCGAUUAACCCUAUCGUAUUUACUAGGACCCUUGUCCUGCAGUCGAUAGCGUCUUUCAUUUCUGUAUGAAGAACCUUGCCUGCUUCUGCUGCAAGCUUCAGUAGUUCUUCAAAGCGGUCCACGUGAAGACGAGAUUCCAUGGUCACAAGGGUGACUCUGUUCGUCUUGGGCAUAACCGCGAUUGUCACAUGAGGGAUGUCGUUCUCUUCUAAGGUCGUGAGAUCCAGCAUGGGGGACACGGAAUGUACGCCACCAGUCACCGCACAGACAAAAUCGUAGAGAGGGAUACCGGCGGUGAUGAGGGCGAUGGUGGUGGCAUUUAUGCAUGCUUGAAGCAAUCCACCGUCUUGCUGAACAACCUGCACGUAUACGUUGAUCUCUGAACGCGGGUAAAGGUGGGUUUGUAUGACAGGGUCAAACGUAGACUUGAUGGUAGCGGCAAGCUCGAGGUUGCGUCGAUCAGCACGACCUCUCCUCCGCCUCUCUCCAGAGCUAAACGCAGCGACGCUGACUUCGACAUUGAUAUUUGCUCGAUCGUGGAUAGUUUGUGAUCGCAUCUUGGCUUCGCGGGGCCCAAAGACGGAGACGAGAACUUGAGUCAGUCCAUGGCUGACAGAAGCGGAGCCAUCUGCGGUGCCUUGGGAAGAGAAGUCGAUGCUAAUGUCGCGAAGCUCGUAUUGGCGUCGGCCAUCAGAGCGAUACCCU